AUGGGUUUGCUGGACCAUAAGGAAGUCGCGAAACUACUGCAUUUUGAAGAUCGCCAAUUCUCCCCUGAAGAAACAAUCAGUAAAGCUGUUAAAGAGGCAAGAGAAUGGCAACAAGCCCAACACCCCACGAAGACUAUCCAACGACGAUCUAACCUAUCAUACCCGAGUGUAACAAACCCAAACGUCUAUUACCUGUACACAGAUGGAGCCUGGUGUAAGGAUGCAUGCAUCGGAGGAGCGGGAUGGAUCUUCAUCGACAACGAAGGCACCGAACUACACCAGGCCAGGCAGCGGAGCGAUUCGUCUCUUCCCGCUGAUGGCAGAGGCAAUGGCAAUCCGAUCGGCACUCAACUAUGCCUUGGAUCAAGGAAUCGCCAACCUCAAACUUCUCUCAGACGCUCAGGAUCUCAUCCGAGUCAUCAAUACGCAGGAGCAAUCGAAGGAGAUCUAUGGUCUUCUUUUUGA